AUGGAGGAUCCCUUAGACCAUCUUGAUGAGUUUGAUAGGCUCUGUGGCCUGACCAAGAUUAAUGGAGUAAGUGAAGACAGUUUCAAGCUCAGACUCUUCCCAUUUUCACUUGGAGAUAAAACUCACUUGUGGGAGAAGACUUUACCAACAAGAGCAAUCACAACCUGGGAUGGCUGCAAAAAGGCUUUCCUGGCCAAGUUCUUCUCUAAUGCAAGGACUGCUAGACUAAGGAAUGAGAUAUCUGGUUUUGCACAGAAGAAUAAUGAGACUUUCUGUGAAAGGAGUUCUACAAAGAUCAGAAUGUUGCUGGACACUGCAUCAAAUGGGAACUUUCUUAACAAACAUGUGGAUGAAGGAUGGGAACUGGUAGAAAACUUAGCUCAGUCAGAUGGAAAUUACAAUGAAGACUAUGAUAGGACUAAUCAAGGUGGUUUCAAGCCUUACAACCAUUUCAAGAACAACAAUCUGUCUUACAGAAGUACUAAUGUGGCAAACCCACAGGACCAGGUUUAUCCAGCUCAACAGCCCCAGCAACAUAACAAUUAUGUACCCAAGCAGCAAAACCAAGGUUUCCAGGCUCCAAUGUGUCCCCCACCAGGGUUUCAGACUAAUCAAAGCCAGGAAACAGAUUUAAGAGCUAUGAUGCAGCAAAUGCUACUUGGACUAGCAAAUGGGCAGCUUGAGACAGCAAAGAAGUUAGCUGAGUUAAACCAGAGGCUAGAUUCUUCUUACAAUGAUCUGAAUAUCAAGUUUGAGAGUUUGAAUUCUAAACUCAAGUUCAUGGAGAGCAACAUAGCUUCUACAUCAGCUCCUAAGCCAAACCAACUCCCUGGUAAGGCUGUUCAAAACCCAAGAGAGUUCACAACUAAAGCAAUCCAUUUCUAUGAGGAAGCUGUCACUGAGGACAGUGAAGUUCAAGCUGUGGAGGAUUUGUCACAGGAUAAAGCUCAGAGUGAAGGUUUUACACAGCAAACUGAAAACAGAGUACCACUCGACUGUGUACUCGACCACUCAGACGAUCGAGUGCGUGAUCGAGCUGAUCCCAUAGAAGUUGCUAAACCUGUUAGAUACAUCCCUCCUGCUUACAAGCCUCCUCUGCCAUUCCCAGGGCGUUUCAAGGAACAAAAACUCAAGGAACUCAGGGAAAUAAUUGAAAAAAAGGAAUUGAUGGCUUUGAAAGAAGAGUUUAUCAUUCAGUACAAAAAAGAAGAGAGAGGGUCUGCUUUGGAACAGUAUGCUCCAUACCCUCUCUACCAAAACAUGCUACUUGAGAUAUCACAUCAGAAGGCUCAGAAUCAGAAUAAGAAGGAUCUUGAGGAGAUUGAGAGAGCCAUCAUUCCAACCAAACUUGAAGACCCAGGUCCAUUUGAUCUACCUUGCUCAUUCAGCUAUUUGCAUUUCAACAAAUGCUUGUGUGACCUAGGAGCAUCUAUCAGUGUAAUGCCCUACUCCAUUGCACAGAAGCAUGGGUAUACUGACUUCCAGCUUAGUAAUCUCUACUUGUGUCUAGCUAAUGGAUCACAUAAGGAUGUGGUUGGUAAGAUGGAAAAUUACCCAGUCAAGAUAGGCAAGGCCAGAAUUCCUACUGACUUCCUCAUUAUAGACAUGGAUAAAGAAGGCCAGCCCUUUGUUCUUAAAGACAAAAGAGAUCAUGAGGUCUCAAGUGAAGUGAGAACUCCAAAGGCUAAGUUCUCUUCUGAUGAGGAUUCAGUUGAAAAGCUCAAGGGCUCAGUUCAAGAGUUGACUAGCUUGGUGAAGGAACUUCAGGUUCAGAUCAACAAGAGGUCUUUGAAGAAAGCAAGACUAAGGUUCAAGCUUAAGCAGAAACAGGGUUCAAGUUUAAAAGGUGAAGUGAUUAAGAAUCAGCUUCACAGUGAUCAAGUUACACCAGGGAGGAUCUCAUCACCUCCUUGGCCUUUAUUAGAGAGAAUAGAUGGGUUUAGGAAGGAUUGA